GCUAGAGAGAGAGAGAGAGAGAGAGAGAUGGAGGUAGUGGUAGUGGUGAGAGAGUUCGACCCAGUGAAGGACGGUAUUGAAGUUGAAGAGGUUGAAAGGAAGUGCGAAGUAGGCCCAAGUGGGAAGAUUUCUAUUUACACCGACUCGCUAGGUGACCCCAUUUGCAGGGUUCGCCAUUCUCCUGCUUUUCUCAUGUUGGUGGCUGAAAUGGUGGGUAAAAAAGCGGAGGAGAAAGAGAUCGUAGGGAUGAUAAGGGGUUGCGUCAAGACCGUUACAUGCGGUAAAAAAUACUCCAGAAAUGGAAUGAACAGCUCCAACGACUCCUUCAAAACCGUUCCCGUCUACACUAAGCUCGCCUACAUCUUAGGACUUCGUGUUUCACCUUCUCACAGGAGAAUGGGAAUAGGGAAGAAGCUUGUGAGUCGAAUGGAAGAGUGGUUCAGAGAGAAAGGUGCAGAGUACUCGUACAUGGCAACUGAUAAGGACAACCAAGCGUCACUAAAUCUCUUCACCGACCGAUGCGGUUACGCCAAGUUCCGAACCCCAAGCAUCCUUGUCCAACCCGUUUUCGCUCACCGACUUACUAUCCCCAAACGAGUCCGUAUCUUCCAUAUCUCCCCCUCCGAUGCCGAGUCACUUUACCGAUGCCGGUUUUCCACCACCGAGUUCUUCCCUAGAGACAUCGAUUCUAUACUUCACAACCAUCUCAAUCUCGGCACCUUCGUUGCCGUCCCUUCCGGUUAUUCCAGCUCGUCAUGGCCCGGGUCUGAACUUUUCCUUUCCGACCCGCCUGAGUCUUGGGCGGUGCUUAGCAUCUGGAAUAGCAAAGAAGUGUUCACCAUGGAGGUUCGGGGUGCUUCCCGUGUACUACGCGGCCUUGCUAAGACAACCCGGAUGGUUGAUCGGGCUCUCCCUUGGCUCCGGAUACCAUCGGUACCGGAACUGUUCGGACCAUUCGGGUUUCAUUUCUUGUACGGGUUGGGAGGAGAAGGUUUAGAUGCGGUGAGGCUGAUGAAGGCUUUGUGUGGAUUCGCGCAUAACGUGGCUAAGGAGAGAGGGUGUGGACUUGUGGUGGCAGAGGUAUCGAGUAGGGAGCCAAUGAAGGCAGGAAUCCCACACUGGAAACGACUCUCGUGUGAUGAGGAUCUUUGGUGUAUGAAGCGACUCGGUGAAGAUUACAGUGAUGGUUCAGUUGGGGACUGGACCAAGUCCCCUCCUGGUCUGUCCAUCUUUGUGGACCCCAGAGAAGUCUAAAAAAUCUUGGCCGGUCUAACUUAAUUACCAUAAGCAACAGAAC